CUGUCUGAUGAGAAGCCGGUAAGGCGGUUGCCAUAGCAGCGUUUUCCAAUACUCACGAGCGCACACGCACACAGAAGAUGGAGUACAGCAAAUUCAGCCGUUUUCACUUUUCUCUAACACAGUUUAAAUGUUACGAGGAUUACCUGGACUCAAAAGUCACGCCACUGGAUCUGUUUUACUUCAAACAGAAGGAGUUGGCCCAUAAGCUGGUGGAACACGGCCACAGGGGCACGGUCCUGAGCAGGGAGGAAUUUGAGGAGAGGAAAGCAGCUGUGCAGGCUGCAGAGGCUGCAAAGAGCAACGCUUUCUACGACAGGAGCCGGCCAGUGACACUGGCAAGUGCAGGAAAAGAACUCAAAGAUAACUUCCUGAAAGCCCUGGCAGAGCGAGAGGAGGCCAACCGCAGUGGGAAAAUGACUUCGGUCAUUUUCAUAAGGGAUCAUAAUACUCUUGGACAGGAAGUAUCUGGCUAUAUAGACUACGCCCACAGACUCAAGACCCAAGAUUUUGAACCAUAUUUCAGUGGAAAGAAGAGGCUCAUGCCAGCACGCUCAGAUUUAUGCUACUACAACUGGAAGACGCAAGUGUCCACUUCCAACUCGAGCCCAAACUUUGAGGUGAUUUAUGACGACCCUAACGGCCUUCUCUUUAAGAACAAGAGGGACAAAAAGAUUCUGAAUUUGGACCCUUUGUCUGGUCCUGGCGAGGACUCCAACAGGACAUUCCUGCAGUCGGACAUCUACAUCCAUGUUGUCAUCUACGACCACAACGUCAGGACAGUCUAAGCUUCACAGGCCGUCGCCAACACUUGCAUACAUAUGGCACGUAUUGGAGAGCACUGGAAGCCUCUAAUUUGACUGAGUUGCUGUAGUUGGACUAUCAUUUACACUGUUCCCCUCAUAUCAUGCAUGCCAUCUGGGUGGAGGUGUUGUAGUGGAGAAAAAAAGGCUUUAAACUGAGGAAUCCCAGAGGAUGAAGUUGAUGGACUCGUGUGUCAACUUGGAAGUUUCUUUGCAAAUACUCUGGGGUUUUAUGUCUAACUUUGGCCUUAAAUUGUUCCAUCCAGGUCGGGAUUGACUGUGCUUUUGGCACUUACCCAAGCAAGCAGAGUUAGUUAGGGGCAAGAACCUGCUCAGAGACCCCAGGCUCGUAUCAUCAUUUGGUCUGGCAUGUUUUGGGCUGUUUGUCUAAACAAAUUAAAGGCGUAAGAGCUUUGAAAGAUGAUGGGGGUUGCUUUCAUGUCCUCCCUCAGGCUGCGGUAGCUCCAAUUGGACUGGAAGAGUGGGUAAUGGGCUUAAAGCAUUCCGUAUGUUUCCAGAUGCAAGGCACACGUUACGGGACAUCAAAGUGCCCUAUCAUUUACAUAUUAGUCAUUCACUAUGACAUUUUUUAAUUAUUUUCUCAGAGGGCUUUUGGUAACUUAAAUCCCUUUAAUUUCAGGAUUAUUAUUUGGUUUUUGUAACAGUAUCUAAAUCUAGAAGUUGAGCCUUUAUUAGUUCAUAAAUUUGCUUUCUGUACAUUCUGCUGACUCAAUGUCUCUGCAUGUAGAAAAUUUGGGGGGAUAGCAGUAAUGCUGCUUCUCAGACUUAUCUACCUCUGUUUAUUGUGUUUAGUCCUUUUUUGGACUAAACACGUUCACUGGGCGAGAUUUAGGGUGCACCUUGGACAGGUCAUCAGUCCGUCACAGGCCUAACAGAGGGACAGUCAACCACACACUCUCACAUCCACACCUACAGCCAAUUUGGAGUCACCAAUUAACCUAACUAGCAAGUCUGAGGGUAGAAGACUACCCAGAGGACACCCGUGCAGGCACAGUGAUAUGCAAACUCCACACAGAGAGGCCUCAGCCAGCCAGGAGAUUCAAAUCAGGAACCUACCAAAGGUAAGUAACAAAUAAUGAACACAUUAAAUCUUAGUUAAUUAAUCCAGACAUGCACGCAUAAAUAAAUAAAUGGCUAGGGGUUAGGAUUGGGGUUUUAUGAGUGGCUGUUCUGAACCUGCAUCUGAACAUUUAUCUGCUGCACAGACGUGCAAGUGAUAUCAAUCUUUUCAUCUAAAUCAAAUAAGCUUAUUUCCUUAACUGCUGAGCCUUUAAGCUCACACUGUCACCUCCACAUUUAUCUCGCCUUUAUAUUAAUUUUCUCAUUACUAAUCUAUCACCUGUUUUUCCCCUGAAAGUCACAAGCUUCAAACAAAUUAGUUCAUUCUAAUACAAAUGUCUAAUGUUUCUCAUCUGGCUUGAUACCAGAGAAGCCUUCCACUUGCUGCAUCUGUUUGUUUUCACCGAAUUGGACCCUGUUGUCCUCAUUGAAAUAAUAUGUGCGGUGACAAGGCUAUUUGGGCUGUGGUUCUGUAAAAACUGGGGUUAGGGAAAUGACGGUCUGGUUUGGGGUUGUUAAUCAUUACUGUUCUUUCGUUUUUCCUUCCCUUUUUUAAAGACGAUAGGAGUUCUGGGCCUGUUUUUGUGGUUAUCGUGAGCAAAGCUGGUGAAAAGUCUGAUGGAGUUAUAAAAGUGACACAGAUGGGAAUGUAGGAUAUGCCUAUUUUCAGUCUUUAACAUGUUUUCGUGCAGUUUUAUGUAUUUUUUUUAUCAUCUAUUUGUGGUUGCUGGUGUGUAAACUGAUCUUAAACUGUUUUUUUGUUUCUUGCUGUAACUACAACCUAAGUAGCAGAAGUAUAUUCAGACCUGGUUUCUCUGUUGACUGCCUUGUUGAACAGCAUAUUUAACCUGAGUGCAGGGCAUGUUGUAAUUGAGAAACCUUCCACCUGCCGAUCUCACUACUUGGUUAUUUGUUGUUGUUUUUUCUGUUUUCAGUUUGGAGAUUUUUUUGUAAUUGUAUUUGGAAAUGAGAAGUCAGGCAGCAAAUGAACACUUCACCCUCAUCUACAGCUGUUUAGGUUUACAGGCCACGGCUCAUUUAUGUGGCCAGGUAAUGGCGAUGGAACUGGCUGCUUUAUUCUCUCUCCCACCCUGAAAGUUGCAUCAGUCAUUCCAAAUACCUUCCAAUGAAAACAGCAGAUGUGCACAAGACGGGAAAAAGGCCAUCUAAAACAAACAGGCAAACAAGUGCACUGCAUCUGAAAUGCACUGGUUGUUCUUUGAAUGCCUUACCUCUGUAGAAGACAGCAUUUAAAACGAUUACUGGAAUCCACCCAGAUCAUGUGUCUGCAAACAGGGAUGAUUUCACGAUAAAGUCCAGGUUAAACAGUAAUAUUCCCCUUCAUUUCCUUUAUUGGGCUUUUAAGCUGUUGGGGUUUUAACUGAAGCGUUAAAACCCCUAAUGUUAAAACAUUAGUUAGAGGUCUGACUUGCCCCUAAUAUGCACAACUUGAGUCAAAGAGGUGGAUUCAGACUGCAGCAGAGGCACGAUUCAGUCUUUUCUAUGAAACAAGCUCAGUUUCACCUCAGUUUGAUGUCUUUUUGUGUAGUUUUCACUCACAGAUCAUUGUGUUUGACAUCUCAUUACCUACAACCUUAUGAUUAAUAGAUUAAUAUUGGCAUGCAGAUAUUACAAUAACCAUGUGAAUCUACUGAUAGCUGCUGACAUGCAAAAAUAAAUUCCAAAUUAAAUCCUAAGCUAAAUUACAGCGCUUUCACUUUCAAACACACAACCACUUUUUACCCCUCAGCCAAAAAGGCUGAUGGGUUAUUGUUGUCACCCGUUGGAUGGGCGAGUGGGCAGCGUAGACACCCAAGUUUUUGAAUGCGCUAACUUGAGAAGGAUGUCACCUGUACAAAAAUACAAACCCAAUAAAAAUGUCUAAUUGGCAGAGGUGUGGCCUAGCAGACUUCUGCUGAUUGGAGCCGCCUGUGUUGUUAUACCUAAAAGCCUUUCUGUACAAUUGUUAACGAAGGGUGAAACUAUCGAGACCAAAACCAGGUUCAAAACAUCUGUUUUAAUGCUAUAGAUUUGGGAAUGUUAUACAAAUAUACGAGAUUGACUCACUUUUGGGGCCAGUCUCAAGUGGCCACAACUGGAACUGCAGUUUCUGACACUUCAUGUUGGCUUUAUUUUCAGAACUGACUUCGGGUGUUAACAUACAAAAAAAUAGUAGAUUUAAACUAAAUAUUAUAGCUGAAGUGUUGUUGAAACAAAUGUUUCAAUCUAUAAAGUCAUGGUUUUGCAAAGCUUUUUUCUAUCUAGAACAUCAGCUUCGAUGUACCAAGUAUACUUUAUAAUUUGAAGUGUCUUUCAGCACAGGAGUCAAUUAAUUGGUUUUUCAUUGGAUAGUUAAAUACCACGGGCACCGUUGUUAAAACUCACCAGUUCAACAGUCACGGACAUACAUGUUGAAUUUGACCAUUUGUAAGUUCCUUUACUUGAAUAAGUUUUCUUUUCCUUUGACAACUGUUUUAUUAUUGAGGGCAGUAAUACUCUUAAUCACUGUCCACUUUAGGGACUGGCUCACAGUUAAAUCCAGAGUUGUCCAACAUCCAACUUACAAUGUGCUAAAUGAUCAGGCCCCGUCAUAUCUUAAAGACCUCAUAUUAUCUCAUAUCCCAAUAGAGCACUUUGCUCUCUGAGUGCAGGCCUGCUUGUGGUUCCUAGAGUUUCCAAAAGUAGAAUGGAAGGCAGAGCCUUCACGCUCCUCUCCUGAUGCUUCUUGCUUAUCUGGUAGCAGCUGAAGACGUUAAAGUCAUUCAGCCUGUUGACUGCUAUGAAAGACAUGGCAUGCUAAUAUUAUUGCCAUCAGAUGUCCAAGGGCGGGGAAAUGCCCUAAUCAUUUCCUCCCGAGUGCCCCUGAAAGAGGAC